AUGGUGUAUGUACAACGAUUACUGCGUAACUGCAAAGUACCCGUGUCUGAAAGAACGUUUGGUAGUCCGUUAGUCGAAGAACUCGAAAAAGCAAAGAAAACUCUGAUUCGCCAAGAGCAAAUUAAAACAUUCACUUCGGAAUUUAGAGAGCUUAAACGUGGACGUCCUGUGCACAAGCAAAGUAAAUUAGUAUCUUUGACACCCUUCUUAGACGAAGAUGACAUAAUACGCGUUGGUGGUCGCAUUGGAAUGGCUGCUAUACCUUUUGUUACUCGGCAUCCGAUCGUAUUGGAUUCUAGUGGUGAUCUAACCAAACUAAUUGUCAUGGAUACCCACAACAAGCUUGGACACGCGGGAGUGGACAAUGUUCGAAACGAGCUUCGACAGCAGUUUUGGAUCCUUCGCUGUAAAGCCACGGUUAAGAAGAAUCUUCAUAGUUGUUGGUUGUGCAAACUACGCCGUACCGUGCCACGUCCACCGAGAAUGGCUGAUUUACCACGCGACCGGCUGUUGGUGAGUCCUCCCUUUACGAAAGUUGGCGUUGAUUACUUUGGCCCGCUACAGGUGAAAUAUGGAAGAAAGCAUUUAAAAAGGUACAUUUGUCUUUUUACCUGUCUCGUGACACGAGCGGUCCAUUUGGAAGUAGCAUUCUCUCUCGAAACUGACUCUUUUAUUAUGUGUCUCCGAAGGUUUGUGGCACGGAGAGGUAGUCCUCAAGUCAUCUAUUCGGAUAAUGGGACAAAUUUCGUGGGAGCCGAUCGGGAGCUCAAGGAGUGUAUUGAAAAUUGGAAUCAAAGUCAAAUCGCUAACGAACUUAGUCAAAGGGGAAUAAAAUGGGUGUUCAAUCCCCCAGCAUCACCACACAUGGGAGGAGCAUGGGAGAGACUAGUGCGUUCGUGUAAGACAUCAUUCAAAGCAGUGUUAAAGAAACAAGUGUUGACCGAUGAAGUCCUGGCAACUACAAUGGCAGAAGUGGAAUCAUUAGUAAACAGUCGCCCUCUGACCGAAGUUAGCUCUGAUGUUGACGCAAUGGAAGCGAUUACGCCAAAUCAUUUCCUUUUAGGACGUCCUAGUAUAAACUUAUCGCCUGGUGUAUUCGUUGAUAAAGAGAUAUCGAGUCGUAAGCGUUGGAGACAAGCGCAAGUGGUCACAAAUCACUUAUGGGGACGUUGGUUAAGAGAAUAUUUGCCUGCUCUUGUUCAAAGGGCAAAGUGGACGCAAGACGUACCGAAUCUUAAAGUUGGAGAUCUGGUUAUUGUGGUGGAUUAUUCUACUCCGCGUGGCACAUGGCCUUUGGGAAGAAUUAUUGAAGUCUACCGAGGUUCUGACAAGAUAGUACGCAGUGUUGAUGUGAAAACGAAGUUUGGAGUCUUCAGGAGACCAGCAACAAAGAUUGCAACACUCGAGGAGUGA